AUGCUGCCUGGAGCCCACUUGCUACCUGGAGCCUACAUGCUGUCUGGAGCCUACAUGCUGCCUAGAGCCCACAUGCUGCCUGGAACCCACAUGUUGCCUGGAGUCCACAUGCUGCCUGAAACCCACAUGCUGCCUGAAGCCCUCUUGCUUCCUGGAGCUCACAUUUUGCCUGGAGCCCACAUACUGCCGGGAACCAUAAUUCUGCCUGAAGCUCACAAGUUGCCUCAAGCCCAUUUGCUGCCUGAAGCACACUUGCUGCUUGGAGUCAAAAUUCUGCCUGAAGCCCACAUGCUACCUGAAGCCCACUUGCUGCCUGAAGCCCACAUGCUGCCUGCAGCCCAAAUUCUGCCUAAAGCCCACAUUCUGCCUGAAGCCCACUUACUGCCUGGAGUCCACAUGCUGCCUGAAGCUCACUUGCUGCCUGGAGCCCACAUGCUGCCUGGAGCCCACAUGCUGCGUGGAGCCCACAAUGUGCCUGAAGCCCACAUGCAGCCUGGAGCCCAAAUGCUGCCUGAUGCCCACAUGCUGCCUGAAGCCCACUUCCUGCCUGAAGCCCACUUCCUGCCUGAAGCCCACUUCCUGCCUGGAGCACACUUGAUACCCGGAGCCCACUUGCUGCCUGUCCACAUGCUGCAUGGAACCCACAUGCUGCCUGAAGCCCUCUUGCUUCCUGGAGCUCACAUUUUGCCUGGAGCCCACAUACUGCCUGGAGCCCAAAUUCUGCCUGAAACCUACAUGCUGUCUGAAGCCCACUUGCUGCCUGGAGCACACUUGCUGCUUGGAGCCCACAAUCUGCCUGAAGCCCACAUGCGGCCAGGACCCUAA